UAAAUAAACAAAGGCAGACACCAAGGCAUUCGAUUACAAAUAAAUUUUUUCCUUUGACUGGUGUUUUUGUGAAGAUGUCCAAGUUAUCGAGGGGUUUCAAGAUGCCUCCCGUGGGCUCCUCAUCCGUAUCCUCCAUUCCCGUUUCCGGAAGUGAAUCGGGGCAUGGUUUGGAGGGCAUGUUGCACGUGACAAAGGUAAAAACUUCGGAGGUGGACGAAGCCGAGUUAUAUUUGCACAAGGAUGGACUCCAGAAAUCAAAUACAGAUCUGCCAAAGAAGGUUAGUACUCCGAAUGUGGAAGAAGAGGUGCCAACCAUUCCACCCUAUGUGGCAUUGGUCAGUAACUUGCCCAUGGAGUGCACCGAACGGGAGUUGAACAAGGUGCUUACCAACUUUUCGGUCCGUUCUUUGACUAUUCCAAAGAAGGGAAAGCGACCCAAGGGAUUUGCCUACGUAGAGAUGGAUUCCCGUGAGGAUCUGAUUGGGCUUCUUAGGCUGGAGAAGCUCAAGUGCCGUGGUCGUUGUCUUAUGAUAAAAAUAAGUCAGGAUCGGGAGACCCCUGUAAAGGGAGGUGGGGAUGCCCCCAGUUAUGCCCCACUUCCCAGCAGCGAAUUCGAUGUGAAUUCCGAACAUUAUUCAGCAAGUGUCAGUGAUCUCAGCGUCAUAGAUUCGCCAUCCAGUGAAGGUGAAUCGCCAUCUCCCCUCUGGCCAAAAAGUGAGUCGUCCUUCUACGGCAGGGACACCCCCAUCACUCGGAAACCCAGUAGUACUGAGGAACUGGAACGCCGCAUGGAAAUGCGUCUUCAAAAACUGGCCGAAUUCGAGAAUGCCGAAUCGGAGAAGGCUCAGAACGAAUACCCGGAGGAUCAGGAUACUGUCAGCAUGUCCUGGAGCGAGAUCCUCAGCGAGACUAGAAACAGUGAGGGAAUUUAGUUUUGUUUUUGUUAGAUUUUAGUUAAUGUAACCUUCAGCAAACCAAAAUAAGCGGGAUACUUAGAGGACUUAUAAAAUAUAUAUAAAA